GUUUCUACAGGCAGUUGACAAACAUCACAUAUAUCCCUCCCGUCCCCAAUAACUUUAUAUACAUAUAUAUAUCAUCAUCCGCAUCAAAUGCGCAUUAUUUAGAUCCAGAAAACUGCACGUAGAGCAUGUAUAGGCCAGAUCUUCAGAUCUAGCCCUAAUCAAAUAAACAUAUCUAACAUUUGAUUUACUAGUAAAUAAUAAUAAUAAUAGAAAAUGGAAAUAAUGAAGAACUUACCGGAGAUGGAUCUGAUGCGAUCGGAGAAGAUGACGUUUGUUCAGUUAAUCAUGCCGGUUGAAUCCGCCCACCGUGCCGUUUCUUACCUCGGUGAAUUAGGUCUACUUCAGUUCCGUGACUUAAAUGAUGAUAAAAGCCCAUUUCAGAGAACAUUUGUUAACCAGGUAAAAAGGUGUGCUGAAAUGUCAAGAAAGCUCCGAUUUUUCAAAGAUCAGAUACAUAAAGCUGGUUUACUGUCUCCCGCUCUUCCUACGAUGCAACCAGAUGUUGACUUGGAGGCAUUGGAGAUACAACUUGCUGAGCAUGAACACGAACUUAUUGAGAUGAAUGCUAAUAGUGAGAAACUACAACAGACAUACAAUGAAUUGCUAGAGUUCAAGCUGGUGUUGCAGAAGGCAGGAGGCUUCCUUGUCUCAACCAAGAGUUACGAGACUCCAGAAGGCAGAGAAUUAGAUGAUAACGUGUAUCCCAGUGAUUAUCCAGAUUCUGCCUCCUUACUUGAGCAGGCUACACAUUCUGGAUCAUCAAAUCUAUCUGGUCUUAGGUUUAUUAGUGGCAUUAUUCCAAAAUCAAAGAUAUUAUUGUUUGAGAGAAUGCUGUUCCGUGCAACAAGGGGGAACUUGCUUUUCAACCAGGCGCCCGCAGAUGACCUGAUCAUGGAUCCCCUAUCAUCCGAAAUGGUUGAGAAAGUUGUAUUUGUAGUGUUCUUCUCUGGGGAGCAGGCAAAGUCAAAAAUACUGAAAAUAUGUGAAGCAUUUGGUGCCAACUGCUAUCCUGUUCCAGAGGACCUAACAAAGCAGAGCCAAAUAACCCAAGAGGUUCUGUCACGCCUUUCGGAAUUAGAAACCACUUUAGAUGUCGGAAUACGUCACAGAAAUGCUGCUCUUCAUUCUAUUGGGUUUCACUUAACAAUAUGGAUGAAUAUGGUUAAAAGAGAGAAAGCUGUGUUUGAUACAUUGAAUAUGUUAAACUUUGAUGUUACAAAGAAGUGUCUAGUUGGAGAGGGAUGGUGCCCUAUAUUUGCUAAACCCCAGAUUCAAGAGGCAUUGCAACGUGCAACAUUUGAUAGCAAUUCACAAGUCGGCAUUAUAUUUCAUGUCAUGGAUGCUGUGGAGUCACCUCCAACAUAUUUUAGAACCAACGCUUUCACAUAUGCAUAUCAAGAAAUCGUUGACGCUUAUGGCGUUGCUAAAUACCAGGAAGCCAAUCCAGCAGUUUAUACUGUAAUUACUUUUCCAUUUCUUUUUGCCGUCAUGUUUGGGGAUUGGGGACAUGGAAUAUGUUUGUUGUUGGGUGCGUUGAUUCUCAUAGCUCGUGAAGGGAAGCUUGGUUCUCAGAAACUUGGGAGCUUCAUGGAGAUGUUAUUUGGUGGCCGUUACGUACUUCUGUUGAUGUCACUUUUUUCAAUCUAUUGUGGUCUAAUAUACAAUGAGUUCUUUUCUGUACCUUAUCACAUUUUUGGUGCCUCUGCUUAUAGAUGUCGUGAUGAUUCAUGCAGGGAUGCAUAUACAGUUGGUUUGAUCAAAUAUCGUGAUGCGUACCCAUUUGGUGUAGAUCCAAGUUGGCGUGGGAGUCGUUCAGAGCUACCUUUUUUGAACUCUCUCAAAAUGAAAAUGUCUAUUUUAUUCGGUGUUGCCCAGAUGAAUCUUGGAAUUAUGUUGAGCUACUUCAAUUCGAUUUUCUUUAAAAAUUCUUUGGAUAUCAGGUAUCAGUUUGUGCCACAGAUGAUAUUUUUAAACAGCCUAUUUGGGUAUCUUUCGCUUCUUAUUAUCAUAAAGUGGUGUACUGGUUCUCAAGCGGACCUUUAUCAUGUAAUGAUUUAUAUGUUCCUGAGUCCUUUCGACGAUCUUGGUGAGAAUGAGCUGUUUUGGGGACAAAGGGCCCUUCAGAUUUUGUUGUUAUUUUCAGCUCUCGUUGCUGUUCCAUGGAUGCUUUUCCCCAAACCUUUUAUUUUGAGAAAACUUCACUCCGAGAGAUUUCAAGGUCGUUCAUAUGGGAUUCUUAGAAACUCUGAGAUAGAUACCGAUUCUGAGCCUGGUUCCGCAAGACACCACGAAGAGGAAUUUAAUUUUAGCGAGGUCUUUGUGCAUCAAAUGAUACAUUCUAUUGAGUUUGUACUUGGUUCAGUUUCCAAUACUGCUUCAUAUCUUCGAUUAUGGGCUUUGAGUUUAGCUCACUCAGAGUUGUCCACUGUAUUCUACGAGAAAGUGCUCCUCCUUGCUUGGGGGUAUGAAAACAUCUUUAUACGGAUGGUGGGAUUAGCGGUGUUCGCCUUUGCAACUGCAUUUAUACUACUUAUGAUGGAGACACUAAGUGCUUUCCUUCACGCUUUACGGCUACAUUGGGUGGAAUUUCAAAACAAGUUUUAUGGAGGCGAUGGUUAUAAAUUCAAACCUUUCUCCUUUGCAGCCAUAACUGAUGAUGAAGAUUAGUAAAAGAUAGUUUAUUCCCCUGUACUCACCUUUCUGGGGAAGGGCAUCGAAAAAAGUUUUUUCUUUCACCCACCACAGCUGGAGUAUAAAAAAGGGUAACAUUAAAAUACAGAAUUUUGGGUAGGUAGAAUUACGAACGGAUCUUCAUUUUGUCCAUGUGCAGCAUGAAUUAACAUAGCGUUGUAGAAACCCGGCCCGGACUUGUCUGAAUUUGAUGAUACCAAGGCCCUGCUUGCACACAACGGAUCUUCUAUAUUUUUUGCAGGGUAAAACUAGCCGUUGUAAAGAGGGAAUUCCUUUAUGUGUAUUGCUCCAAAGAGUUAGUUAUUGAGUAGAUUUUGCUUUCUAUAAUCUUUUCUAUUCCGGUCCUGGGUUCUGUUUUUGAGUAAUAAACAACAAAUAGGAAAAAAAUAGUAUACACAAUAUCAAAUGAAGUUCAAUUCUCAAA